CUCUUCCCACCCUCCGCCCCUCUCUCUCUCUCUCUCCCUUACUUUUUCACUCUCUAUCCUUCUCUCUCAGGGUGUGUGGUGUGUGUUUUAGGAGUGUAAGAGUGUGUAAGAGUGUGUGUUUGUGGUUGUGAGGAACACUAAGCAGUGAGAUGAGUGGAACAGAGGAGAAGGUUGGGAGAAGGAGAGAUGAAGAAGAACAGGACUGGGAAGCGGCUAAAGCUUUCUUCAACAACAUGAAGAGUAAAAAACCCAGACCUCCGAAGCCGAGCACUGCGAUUACAAUCGCCGUUUCAUCUCGGACUCUGUUUAACAUGGUGGAGGAGAGGAAGAUCUACGAGGAUGAAGGACUGGAGAAAUACGUCGCAUACAACCAACAGCUCGAGGACCAACCACUCAAACACGGAGCUGCUUUCCCCUUCGUCAAGGCGUUGAUGACGGUAAACUCUCGUCUCAGGGAGCUGUACCCUGACAGUGAGGAACUGUUUGAUAUCGUAUUGAUGACUAAUAAUCACGCCCAGGUGGGGGUGCGGCUAAUCAACUCCAUCAAUCACUAUGAUCUGCUAAUUGAGAGGUUUUGUAUGACGGGAGGUAAGAGUCCAGUUGGUUACCUGAAGGCCUAUAUGACAAAUCUGUAUCUGUCUAAAGACCCGGAGAAAGUCAAGGAGGCCAUUGAACAAGGCAUCGCAGCAGCGACUCUGUUUACUCCGGGUAAGAAGACGGAGUUGAGCGAAUCUCAGCUCAGAGUAGCGUUUGAUGGAGACGCUGUGCUUUUCUCAGACGAGUCUGAGAUCAUCGUGAAGCAGCAGGGACUUGACCAGUUUUUUGAGCACGAGAAGGCAAAUGUGAACAAACCACUUGCUCAGGGUCCUCUGAAGUGCUUUCUGGAAGCAUUGGGGAAACUGCAGAGGAAGUUCUACUCUAAGAAUGAAAGAAUGAACUGCCCCAUCCGUACCUUCUUGGUGACGGCCCGCAGUGCGGCGAGUUCUGGAGCUCGGGUUUUAAAGACCCUGCGCAGCUGGGGUCUGGAGAUCGACGAGGCGCUCUUCCUUGCUGGAGCUCCCAAAGGUCCUCUUCUGGAGAAGAUCAAACCACACAUUUUUUUUGAUGAUCAGAUAUUCCACAUUGAGGGAGCCACGGAGACGGGCACCAUCGCUGCUCAUGUACCUUACGGGAUUGGACAGAAAUAUCACAAAGGAAAACUGAUCGAGCAGCCAGAAAAACAGAAAUGAGAAGGUGAAGGUUCAGGAUCAGACAAGUUCAGUCUGAUCACCAGCACCUGGUUCAGUAAGAGCACUUAACUAGUCUCGAACUUACUUCUCUAACAAACAGGUUUACAAACCGUUUACAAACACACUCUAGAUCUUAUAUGUCUAUACAGUUCUGAUUGGUUGUUUAGAGUAAGGGGAGGUGUUAGGUUGUGGGAGGAGUUACAGGAGCAGUGUUUGAUGUGAUAUAUAUAUAUAUACAUUUAUUUUACAGUGGAAUUAGUUUUUAGGUGGAGUUACACCAGGGGGUGUGUUUACCAUGUACAAAUUGUUUAGAUAUGGGUGGAGUUAUACCAGGGGACGUGGUCACCAUGUAAAAAUUGUUUAGAUAUGGGUGGAGUUAUACCAGGGGGCGUGGUUACCAUUGUGGGAUGGAGGUGUGGUUAUGUUUAUAUAGGUGAGACAGCUGUCUGCGUUGCGGCAGGUUGUUACCAUGGUUACGUUUGCAUUAUUGUGCAAUUGUAACAAUUGCAUGAGUGUGAAUUAGAACCGGUUUAUUUUAAUGCAGUGCUGCUCUGAUUAUUAUGGUCUGUAUAAUAUAUGGAGCAGGAUGAUGAUGUUCUUUGUGUGUGUGUGUGUGUGUGUGUGUAGUGUGUGUUUCUCUCCUAUUUAGUGUUGAUAAACAACAGCUUUUAGUUUCAUAGGAAACAUUUUUACACUUUAUUAAAGAAAUGUUCUACAUUUAUAAUUAAUAUUUACACCAGUGUGUGUGUGUGUGUGUGUGUGUGUGUGUAAAUCAUAAGUACACUAUAAAAAGUGUAAUAAACUAUACAACAGUGUGCUUGUUUAAACUA